AUGACUGACAUGGCGAACUCAAAACUCGAACCAACUACGACUGAGAGACCGAUUCCUAUGCGUGGAAACCGUGCAAUGUCCCUACCCACUUUGCACACUGACAACAGCAAGGUUUCUACUACUAAAACCGCACAGUCUUCUCCUUCUUCUCCUAAUUACCCAUACCACUCUCCACAUGCCGCAUACCUUUCACCUACCACAUUUCCUGAACUCCCGGCCGAUCCAAAAAACUGGUCUUCCUCCGACGUCGCCACAUACCUAGCAUACUGUCUUCGUCUAUAUCCACCGGCAAUAAUACGUGACCUGACGAAAUUUGUACGGGAAGAUACGUCACUUAAUGGACGUCGUUUUCUUCGGCUUAAAGAAGAGCAGUUGCGAUACAUGGGAUUUAAUGAACGUUGGAUAAAGUUAAUAAUGUUAGGUGUGAAAGCGUUACGGAGAGAGAGUUUGACUCAGAAGAUUCUGUCGAAUGGAGGUAUAAAGGAGGAGCCGGAAGAAUUCGCAGAAGAGGAUGGUAAUGAUGAUACAUUCUCUGAUGCAACAACUACGUUAACAACAAAUGCUGCCUCCAUUUCGCCAAGUCUUAACAGUGAUGAUAAAGAAUUUCUCGUUGCUGAUGAUUAUAAUAAUAUAGAUAAUGAUAACGUUGGAUCAAUUUUUAUGCUAACAGCAAAUGACAAGGAAUUUAUUCAACAUCAACUUGCUAAACUCGAGGAAUCCUUAAAAAAAUCAUCUUCAUCGUCUCCAUCCUCAUUUUUACGAUGGCCUUUCAAAUUUUCCUUUUCCGUUCCAUCUUUUUCACGUUCGCCAAAAGAAUUAAAAAACCACUAUUCCUACAGAUCUGGUUUGAUACAGGGAUCAGCGGGUGAAAGUUCAACCACUGCUGCGUUGAAAACCUCAAUAUCCUCUUCGGGCAGUCAUUAUCUCAAGAAAAGUAAUAAUCAGCAGGAUCAAAAUCGUUUAAUACCACGACCAACCUCACUAACACCACCUGCAAAAGAUAGCAAAACCAAUAGUCCCACUAUAGUAAGCAAGAGACCCAUUUAUCCUCGAGCACAACAUAGGAGUAGUGUGUCCACCCGAAGAUUUUCUAUAAGUCUUCCGAAAUCUUUUCAUCCAGCACAGAGGAAAGCUGCAAAAGCAGCGAAAAAUAAAAAGUAUGAGGAGGCAAUUACUCAUUUAACACGCGUCUUGGAGGAAUACCCUGAAAGUUAUUCGGCAAGAUGUGAUCGAGCUUAUGCAUAUGAAGCUACUGGCCAAAUCGAACGUGCAAUUAAUGAUUUAAGUAUAGCAUUUACAUUAAAACCAAAUAAAGCUUAUGCGUGGUCAGUACGUGGGGAAGUUUAUCGACGUCUAGAAAAAUACGAAGAAGCAUUAACAGAUUUAGAUAAGGCAUUAUCAUUAGAACCGGACAAUUUAUUAGCAUUAAAAAAUCGGGGAUAUAUAUUUUACUAUCGGAAUAUGUAUGAACAAGCAUUAGCAGAUUUAGAUCGUGCUUUGCAUCUAGAACCGAAUGAUACAUUCAUUCUAAAAAUUCGUGGGGAUAUUUAUUUAUUACAAGGACAUUAUGAUCAAGCAUUAGCUGAAUUCACUCAAGUUUUAUUACUGGAACCGGAUAAUGUGCCGGUUCUUCAGGUGAGAGGAGAUGUACUUCGAAUGCUUGGCCGGUGUAACGAAGCGCUGGAAGAUUUAUCUCGAGUGCUGCAAAAGGAACCGGACAAUGCUUUUGUGUUACGAAUUAGAGGUGAUGCGUAUCAUAUAUUAAAUCGAUAUGAUGAAGCCUUGAAUGAUCUAAAUACUGCAUUGGAAAUUGAGCCUGAUAAUGUCUCCGCAUUGCAAUAUCGUGGUGCCGUGUAUAUGACAGUUAGAAGAUAUGAUGAAGCGCUAGCAGAUUUUAAUAGUCUGCUUCAAAUUGAUCCCUCUAAUGCUUUUGCACUAGAGAAUCGUGGUGAUAUUUAUAUACAUUUGCAUAAAUACGUGGAAGCGAUUCAAGAUUUUGAUACAGCAUUAGAAUUGGAACCAGAUCGAGUUUGUGCACUUCAAUAUCGUGGUGCAAUCUAUUUUCAACUCGGCCGUUAUGAUGAAGCAUUGGUUGAUAUAAAUAAAUCGCUGGAUCUAAAACCGACAAAUACAUUUGCACGUCGUUAUCGUGGCGCAAUCUACCGAAUAAAACAACGAUACGAUGAUGCAUUAGAAGACUUCAACAAGGUAUUACGAAUAAAACCAAAUGACGCUUUCACAAGACGUAAUCGUGGUGAGGUGUAUCGUUUACUGAACAAAUAUGAUGAAGCAAUAUUUGAUUUAAAUUAUGCACUGGAACUCGAACCGGACUAUGUAUCAGCGCUAAAAAACAGAGGUGACAUUAAUCGAAUGCGUAAAAGGUAUGACGAAGCAAUGAACGAUUAUAACAAGUGCUUGGAACUCGAACCGGAAAAUUUGUCUAUAUUGGAAAGCCGUGGCGCGAUUUCACGUGAAUUGGGAAAAUAUGAGGAAGCAUUACUAGAUUUGGGUAAAGUUUUAGAAAUAGAACCGGACAAUGUUUCAGUUUUGGUAUGUCGAGGCGAAAUUUUUGCCUCACUCCAUCGGUAUGAGGAGGCACUUUUGGAUUUAGGUAAAGCAAUUUUGUUGGAACCUGAUAAUUUCUCAGCAUUAAAGAGACGUGGUGACAUUUAUAGGACACUUGAGCGUUACGAUGAUGCAUUGCACGAUUUAAAUCAUGCACUGCAAUGCUAUCCGGAUGAUGUUUUCGCAUUGCGAAUACGAGGGGACAUUUAUCGUUCCUUAGAGCAAUAUGAUAAAGCAUUGGUGGAUCUAGAUUACGCUAUUCAUUUAGAGCCGAAUGAUUCAUUUGCACGAAGAACACGAGGCGAUGUGAAUCGGAUGCUACGGAGAUACAAUGAAGCAUUAACAGAUCUAGACUAUGCAAUAGAACUGGAACCGAAAAAUGCAUUUUCACGGAGAGCUCGGGCCAAUGUUUAUAAUAUGUUACGACAAUAUCAAGCAGCAUUGAUUGAUAUUGAUAUCGCAUUAGAGCUCGAGCCUAACGAUGCGUUCGCGAGAAGAGUUAGAGGUCACGCGUAUGUCAAACUACGGCGAUACAAAGAAGCCUUGGAGGAUUUUAAUGUGGCGUUGAGUCUUGAACCUCAUAGUGCCACGUUUAUGCAAGCACGGGCAGAUGUGUACUGUAUGUUGAAUCGAUACCAUGAGGCGUUAUUCGAUAUUAACAUCGCAUUACAGAUCAAACCUGAAAGUAUAACAAUGCUGAUUGCCCGUGGAGAAAUUUAUUUGGCAUUAGGACGAUACAGUGAUUCACUAGAAGAUCUGAAUAAUGCCCUAAUCCGUCAACCGAACAACACUUAUGCCCUGAGAAUCCGUGGAAAUGUGUAUCACAAGCUAAAACGGUAUCAUGACGCACUAAAGGAGUUCGACAAAGUGAUAAAACUUGAGCAGAAUAACGUGUACGCGUUAGCUGAUCGUGGUGAAGUUAAUCGAAUGCUUGAACGAUAUGAUCAAGCAAUGGAAGACUUUGACAAUGCUAUAAGACUCGACCCAGAAAAUUCAUUCGCUCUUAAAAAUCGUGGUGAUGUCUACCGAAUGCAACGACAACCGGAACAAGCACUUUCAGACCUGAAUCGUGCUUUACGCCUUGAACCUAAUGACCCGUUUGCGUUACGUGUCCGUGGUCGUGUCUAUUUCCGGUUAAAACAGUACGACAAGUCGUGGAUUGAUUUAAAUCAAGCGGUGCAACUUGACCCAAAUAAUGUUAUCGGGUUGCGUUGGCGGAGUGCAUUAUGUCGUAAACUUCGUCGGUAUAAUGCAGCGUUAAAAGACAUAGACAGGGCGAUUGAAUUGGAACCGGGAAAUGAGGCUUUGUUGGCUGAGCGCGCAGAAUUGGAACUUCAUAUACGACAACAACCACCACAACCACAGCCGAAUCUACCGUCAACUACAUGA